CCCACUGCGCAGGGCGAGCAAGAGUGUCAAGGGUGUCGUCAACGCACCACUGCGAGGCGUGAGAAGAGCUUGGUAGAUCAUCAUGUUCGUGAAAACCCAUGCUGCUGCGGCAGCGAGCACAGUGAUGGCGCUCAUUUCCCUUCGUACUGGGGAGGGAUUUGUCCCGCGUGCUGGUGCCAACCCCAAAACCGGCAGUAGCAGCGGCGGCGGCAGCAGCAACUGCUGUCCCAGCGCUGCCACUUCUGUGGGGAGUAAAACUGCUGGUCACACGCCUGCGUUGCUCGCGGAUCGUAGUAGCACUAGGCAUAGGAGAGGAAACGGGAACUUGAUUUUGAUGUGCGAGGGCGGGGGGGGCUCGCCGGCUGCGGUAGGCGCAACCGCGGGCGCGGCAGGGAGGAAGGGGCGGAAGCCGCCGUCAGCAGCGGCGGGAGUCAGAAGAAGACCGCCUCAAAGGCAGCAGCAGGGAAAGGGUUUGUCGUCGGUCGAGGGCACGAUUGAGAGAAAACAGCAGCUCAAGGUGGCGGAGCUGAAGAAGCAGUUGCAACGUUUCGCAUCGUUACGGAUGUGGCGACGUGCGACGGAGGCCUUUGACAAGGCUAAGGCCGACGGGCUGCCCAUGACCGCCGCAACCUACACGCACGCCAUUAACGUCAUGAGCAAGGGCGGCAGAUGGAAAGAAGCAAUAGAACUGCUAGAAGAAAUGAUCGCCGCUGGCAACGACAGCAAUGGCGGCCCCAAGGUCACCCCAUCCGUGGUGAGCUACAACGCGGCCAUCACGGCGUGCUCGAGGGCAAGCAAGGUGCCUGCGGCGCUCCGCCUGCUCGACGAGAUGUCGUCUAGGUCGGGCCUCUCCCCCGACAUCUACAGCUACGCGGCGGUCAUGUCCGGCCUGGCCAAGGCCAGGAAUCCGGGGCGGGCGAUCGAGCUGCUGGGGGAGAUGCGCGCGGCAGGGAUGGAGCCGGACCUGGUGUGUCUGAAGGGGGCGAUGGAGGCUUGCCGGAGCAAGGGGGCGCCGAAGGAGGCGGGCGUGGUUCUUGAGCAGGUCCGAGAGCUAGACCCCACACCGAGCGCAAGCGCCAUGGCCGACGUCCUCACCUCCGCCAUCUCGGCGUGCGUGACGGAGGGCGCCUGGGAACAAGCCACGGACUGGCUCACGGACAUCCGGAUGGCGAGAGGGGGAAGGCUUCCGCCGCCGGAGGCCUACGCCGCCGCCGCAAACGCUUGCGCCCGGGCGGGGCAGGGCGUUCGCGCCCGCGCGCUGAUCGUGGAGCUCGACAACGGCGCCACGGACGAGGCCCAUCGGCCAACGCUGGAGUGCUACAACGCGGUGGUGCUGGGCAGCGCCAUGGCCGGCGACCCGAAGGAGGCUCUGAGGACCCUAAAGGUGGACGUGCCGAAGGCUGGGCUUAAGCCGAACACGCAGGGUUUCAACCACGUGCUGCAGGGGUUAGCGAAGGUCGGGGACUGGAAGACGGCGAUAACGGUUCUGGACGAGCAGCGAUCAGGGACGUUCCCGGACGCUCCCCCAGACCGAUGGAGCUACAACAACGCCAUCGAGGCCUGCGGCAGGGCCGGCCAGGUCGACCCCGCCGUCGCCCUCCUCGAUGCCAUGCGCGCCGCCAGCCACCGCAACCGUCGCCUCAAGCCAUGCCGCUACAGCUACCGUGGCGCCCUCCAGGCGUGCCGCGCGGCAGUCGACGACGCCGCCGCUCUCCGGCUGCUGGAAGGCAUGAAGAAGGACGGGAUUAAGGGCGACCAGCUGUGCUCGCUGGCGGCGUUUUCGGCGGUGGCGGCGGUCGGGAGGGACGACAAGGCAGCGGAAAUCCUAGAGGACCUGGCUAGGGGAGGCAUAAGCACCAGCGAGGGGGCGGUGGCGUCGGCAAAGGAGGGUUUGGUAGAGAUUCUCGGCAGUGAUGUAAUGGGAGGGGGGAGGUUUGCAAGGGUGAUGGCGGCGUUCGAGGUGCUGGAAGCCGCGCAGGCGGAGAAGGCCGCGAAAAAGGCGGAGCUCGCGGCGGCGGCGGCGGCAGAGGAGGGCAGGAGCGCUUGAUGUCUGUACGUCUGCCGUUUGUGCAGGAGACAGACGUCGGCGACUCGUUAAGCUCAGAACCAAACGGCGGCGUGAUGUAAUGGACAGGAGAAGGCAGGCGCAACGGUGUUGUUCGGCUGCAGCUUGUGGUGUUUCAUCGUGCUUUCGAUCAAAGCUUGAUGAGUUUCCAGGGGAGAAUUCGUGGCGAUACGAAAUUUUCUGCGGAAAAGCUUUCUUUGGGGUUAACACCGCUUUUUAUGGAUGGAGAAUGUUGCGAAAUACGUUGCAAACGUUUUCUGCAACAUCGAUCGGGAACUUUUGUCAGUA